ACACCGUCGAGUCGCUUGGAGUUUAGUUCAUUACGCACCCUCAGACCGUAUAGACUGUGCACCAAACUUGUACCUUAACCCGGUGCGCGAUGUUUGGGAAAUUUGCCGAAAGAUAUGCGAAAUUUAAGCGCUACGUGAAAUGGCUUUACAGUCUCUAUGAGCUCAACACACAGAUUGCCAUUUGCGAGCCCUGGGAGAAGGUGUUCUGCCACGUACUCCUCGGCUGUUGUGUAUCCCUAAUUCUAUACGCCUCAUACGCCUAUGUGCCAAGUUAUUGUCUACUGCUUAUCAGCAUUCUUAUGCCGAUUUCGAGCAAUACGAAUAUUACUAAUAAUAUGAUAUGUACGGAAACAGAAGCCGGAAUAUGUAGUGACAGUCAAUCUUUUCUUACGUAACAUUAUUAGGUAGUUAUAAAUAUUAAUAAAGCAUUAUAAAUUAUUUAAAUAACA